AUGUCGGGCUUCGUCUCAGGGGCUGGGAGAUUUUUUCUACUGCAGCAAGCUGCAGCCUUCCCUUCCCAGCUGCGAACAGCCACAGUCCUCUCAAGUUCCCUGGAGCUGCCUCUCAGAAGCCAUCUCUCCCUCAAACGUGCAGGCAUCUGCCCCGGCCCGGUGUCUGCCUGGAACCACCAGCAGAUCCGCACAAAAGCACGUGGGAAUGAGUAUCAGCCGAACAACCGCAAGCGCAAACGGACCCAUGGCUGGAUCAAGCGCAUCAGCACGCCGGGUGGCAUUGAGGUUAUCCUCCGGCGUAUGCUGAAGGGCAGGAAGUCCCUGAGCCACUGA